GCGAGCGCGCUUAUAUUAUCGCACACGGGGAGCGCGCGCCCACUUUCAUUUCAGAGUGUGACGUUGGCGUCACCGCAGGUCCGAAGAACUUCGUAGAAAGGGAGAGCGCAACAUUUCCCAGCCUUCAGCCUUACCCAAAAGGCAAGUGAGGAUUAGGAUGGUCAUCCGAGUCUAUAUCGCCUCCUCGUCCGGCUCUGUCGCGGUGAAGAAGCGUCAGCAGGCCAUCGUGGGCUUUUUGGAAUCCAACCGGAUCAAUUUCGAAGAGGUCGAUAUCACCAUGCUUGAGGAUCGGAGGCUGUGGAUGUACCAGAACAUUCCUGAAGAGAAGCGACCUGAAAAGGGAAAUCCUCUGCCACCUCAGAUAUUUAACGGAGACGACUACUGUGGUGACUAUGAAGAUUUUUUCCAGUCUAAAGAAACCAACACAGUGUUCUCAUUUCUUCGACUGAGCACACCACCAUCUGUAAAGGACUAUGAAUCCUAGAUUGGGUAAAUGAUGUUUCACCUAUUGAAAUACUGUGGUAUCGCCUCGUCUCCUGUGAUCUGCUCUUCCGCUGGUCUGGAGCCCUCACUGCCUGGAAUGCUUUUGCCAAACACGUCACGUGCUGCCCCACGGCCCAGCUAUUCCUAAGAAACGUUUACUCUUACAAACACAUGCACACAUAUGCAGGGUUACAAAUGUUUCCUACUGAAUUAUUUAUGUGUUUCUGUUUUAUUUGUCAUAAAUGUGUUGCAUGAAAGGCCUAUUGUACAAUUCACAACACUAUACAAUGAUGAAAGUGAAUAUACUGUAUGUUUCUGUCUGUGUGCAUGAGCAUCCAUAGUCAUUUCAUAAAGAGCAUUUGUAGAUGAUCACUUGUAGAUGAUGCUAUGAAAUGAUCAACACUGCAAAAAAAUGACUUUCUUACUUAGUAUUUUUGUCUUGUUUUUUUAGUAAAAAUAUCUAAAAAUUCUAAAAUUAAGAUGUAUUUUCUUGAUGAGCAAAAUGACCUAGGAAAAUAAGUCUAUUUUUAAAAAAUCUAUAAAUUUUAAGCGA